AUGACUCAUGGCAUUUCGCUUUAUUUUUUGUCUUUUUUUGGUUUCCCUCGAUCAAACAUGGUUCGACUAUAUAAUAGCCAAGGCUAUGGCUAAAUUCAAUCCGCCAAAGCCAAUCGUCCUUCAUCUGACAAUAGAUGACAACUUCGACAUUUAACUUGUUUAGGCACUCUCCCCCUGAUAACUAUCGGUAUCAGUCUAUUAUUUGAAAAUGGAGCUAAGUCCCCAUCUCACUCAAUUGUUCAUCAAUAACACUUAUGUGGACUGUCUCAACUCACACAAAAUCUCUGUCUAUAAUCCAGCGACAGGAGAUCUCGUGAGUGAUCAAAUCCCCGUCGCCGGGCCCGACGACGUGGAUCAAGCCGUACAAGCUGCCAAUAUUGCAUUUUCCCUGGGCUCUGAGUGGCGUCAAAUGAGCAAUGUGGAGCGUGGGCGCAUUUUAUUACGCUUUGCAGAUCUUCUGGAGGCAAAUCAGGACCGUCUAGCCCACCUGACACGCCUGACCCUAGGUGCGCCUUAUCACCCAUUUGGCAAGUCGGAGAUUGAAACGGCAAUCGGAUGCUUUCGAUACUAUGCCGGAUGGGUGGAUAAGUUUCCUGGCCAGUCCUUCCCCGCCGACGAUGGCUUCUACAAGAUCGUGAGAAAUGAGCCAUUGGGUGUUGUGGCCGGUAUCAUUCCUUGGAACGGCCCUCUAGCAUCUGUCGGGCUAAAGGCUGCACCAGCGUUGGCCGCAGGCAACGUGUUCAUCUUGAAACCGAGCGAGAAGACCCCCUUGAUGGCAGCGGAGCUCGGAAAGCUAGUGCUAGAAGCCGGAUUCCCUGCCGGUGUGUUCCAGGUGGUGACAGGAGAUGGAAGUACUGGCGCCCUACUAGCGAGUCAUAUGAAAGUAGCCAAGGUCAGCUUCACAGGAAGUAUACCCACAGGCAAGACGGUCCAGAUUCUCGCGGCAAAGAGCAACCUCAAAAGAUGUACCCUGGAACUCGGAGGUAAGAGCCCAGCGGCCGUCUUUGAUGAUGCUGACCUCGACAAUGCCGUACACUGGUGCGUCAAUGGCCUUACCACCAACUCAGGGCAGAUCUGCUUCGCUUCGACGAGGGUGUAUGUUCAAGAAGGGAUCUACGAUAGAUUCCUCACUGCCUACCAAGCGGCAUUCAAGGCCAAACGCAGCGUGAUGGGUCACCCAGAGGCUGAAGGCGCAGAGCUGGGACCUGUCGUCGACAAGGCGCAAUAUGAACGCAUUCUGGAGAUCAUCAAGCGUGCUGAAUCCGAGGAGCAAGGAACUCUGCUCAUUGGUGGCCGCCCCAUAUCUACCAAGGGAUACUACAUUGAGCCGGCCAUCUUCACCGACACGAAGCCUGAUGCCUCGAUCUACAAGGAGGAGAUCUUCGGACCCGUCGUCGUGGUCAACAAGUUCAAAACUGAAGAUGAAGUUCUCCAGCGGGCUAAUGAUAGCCGGUAUGGACUUAUGUCCGGAGUCUUUACAGAAAGCCUCAAUCGGGCAUUGCGUAUCAGCUCGGCCUUUGACUCAGGAGUUGUGGGGAUCAAUUGCAUCAGUACGAUCAACUUCUCAUGUCCAUUUGGUGGAACCAAAGAAAGUGGUCUUGGAAGAGAGCUCGGGGUGAAUGCUUUGUUGGCCUAUACCGAGCCUAAAACUGUCUUGAUUAAUAUGAACUAUAAGGGGAGUUCACAGUAG